AUGAAGUUUAUUAAAGUUUUAAUCUUUUUAAUCUUCAAUUCAACAUUUUGGAGUUUAAUUAAUUCUGUUAAAAAUAAAAAAGAUUUAAUUAGAGUUGAGGGAACAUCAACAGAUUUAACACAAAUAUUAACUGAGGGGGCUGAAUCUUCGUCGGUUAAUCCUCAAAUUUUAAAAUAUAAAGAAACCUCAAGUCCUAAGUCUAUUGCAAAAGAGAAAAAAAAGUUGUGGAAAAAAGAAUAUAAUAAAAAUUAUUAUCAGAAGAAUAAAGAGAAGAUAAAAGAAAUUAAGAAUUCUGAAAAUUAUAAAGAAAAUAAAAAGAAAUCUGAUCGAAAAUACUAUCAGAAUAAUAAGGAAAAGAUGCAAGAACUGCAGAAGGAAUACUACCUGAAGAACAAGCAAAAGUAUAUUGAAAAGGCGCAAAAAUGGAAUAAAACUAAUGUAGAAAAGAGGCGAGUAUAUUCUCGUAAAUACAGUUUAAAAAAGAAAAAUGAAAAAGAAAAUUUACAAAAUGAUAGUUCAAGCUUAGGAAAGACUAAGGUAAUAGUUUGGAAUUCGCCCCUCCCCGCUUUUUUCCUCCGUUUCUCUGACCAUUUUAAGCUUUUUUAA